AGGGCCCCUGAACCUCCGCUACUCCUCUCAACGACCGCCCUCUUUUACUAUUCUUGUCCCGCCUCUCUCUCCUUCCACACAAUCUACUUCACCUCCUCUCUCCUCCUCCUCCUUGUAUUAAACCUUUCAUUCCUCACAUGGAAGCUCGCCGGCAACGUCGACCAUCCUCGAAACCCCCUCCCGCCCCCGCUGCCGCUGCCGCCGGCCAGCUCCUCCUCCUCCCCUCCGCCUCCGAUGCCCUCCCGCUCCCUCUCUACCUUACCAACGCCAUCUUCCUCGCCCUCUUCUUCUCCGUCGCCUACUUCCUCCACCACCGGUGGCGUGAGAAGAUCCGCGACUCCACCCCUUUGCACGUCCUCACCCUCUCCGAGCUCGCCGCCCUCGUCUCCCUCCUCGCCUCCCUCGUUUACCUCCUCGGCUUCUUUGGCAUCGGCCUCGUGCAGUCCUUCGUCUCCCGGGCCCCCACCCUGCACGACGUCAGCGGCCACGCUAACGGUCCUUGGCAAGUCAUGGAGCAAGAGGAGGACAAGUUCAUCAUCAAGGAGGAGGACCGCGAGGGCUGUGGCGACACCUGCACCCAGUGCACCGCGGGGCCGCUUGCCGACCCCCUUUCCACGUCUGUUGCCCUGACUGAGGAAGACGAGGAGGUCAUCGAGUCUGUGGUGGCGGGGACGACGCCGUCCUAUUCCCUUGAGUCGAAGCUCGGGGACUGCAAGAGGGCGGCUGCGAUCCGGCGAGAGGCAGUGCAGCGCACCACGGGGAGGUCCAUGGAGGGGCUGGCAUUCGAGGGGUUCGACUAUGCCUCAAUUCUAGGCCAGUGCUGUGAGAUGCCAAUCGGGUACGUGCAGGUCCCCGUGGGGGUUGCAGGGCCGCUGCUGCUCGACGGGAUUGAGUACGUGGUCCCGAUGGCCACGACGGAGGGUUGCUUGGUGGCGAGCACCAACAGGGGUUGUAAGGCGAUAAACACAUCAGGCGGCGCUACGAGCGUCGUGCUGAGGGAUGGGAUGACUCGAGCGCCUGUGGUGAGGUUCCGCUCCGCCAAGCGUGCCGCGGAGCUCAAGCUAUUCCUGGAGGAUCCCGGCAACUUGGAUACCAUAUCGGUUGUGUUCAACAGGUCGAGCAGGUUUGCCAGAUUGCAAGACAUUAGGUGCGCGCUCGCGGGGAGAAAUUUGUACAUGAGAUUCGUCUGCAGCACAGGCGAUGCAAUGGGGAUGAACAUGGUCUCCAAAGGUGUCCAAAACGUCCUCGAUUUCCUCCGGACCGACUUCCCCGACAUGGAAGUUAUCGGCAUAUCCGGGAACUAUUGCUCGGACAAGAAGCCCGCGGCGAUCAACUGGAUAGAGGGAAGGGGGAAGUCGGUGGUUUGCGAGGCAGUGAUAAAAGAGGAGGUGGUGCAGAAGGUGCUGAAGACCACCGUGCCGGCGCUGGUGGAGCUCAACAUGCUUAAGAACCUGGCCGGGUCGGCCAUGGCCGGCGCGCUUGGCGGGUUCAACGCCCAUGCCAGUAACAUCGUGUCGGCCAUCUACAUCGCCACUGGCCAAGAUCCGGCACAGAAUGUGGAGAGCUCUCACUGCAUCACCAUGAUGGAGGCCGUCAACGACGGCAAGGAUCUUCACGUUUCCGUGUCCAUGCCUUCCAUUGAGGUGGGUACAGUGGGAGGGGGCACCCAACUUGCAUCACAAUCCGCUUGUCUGAACCUACUCGGUGUAAAGGGUGCGAGCCAAGACUCUCCUGGCUCGAACUCGAGGCUUCUGGCCACCAUUGUGGCUGGUUCCGUCUUGGCCGGGGAGCUUUCACUCAUGUCCGCUUUGGCUGCUGGUCAACUCGUCAAGAGCCACAUGAAGUACAACAGAUCUUCCAAGGAUGUCUCCAAAAUGGAGUGCCAAUAAGAGAACAAGAUGACCCCGCUUUUAUUCGUGACAUCACAUGCCUACAAAACAUUGGGACUGGGGAGAAUAAAAGCUAGGAGAAGUCAGAAAUAAUCAUCUGUGUAGGACAUGGCAAAGAGAAUUAGGAAGAGGGCAGGCAUUUUAAGGAUUUAUACAAGGGCGUGUGGGUACAGAGAAAACAAGAAGGCAAAGAAUUAGGAAUUGGAACAUUUAGUGAAAGCCUUACGAAAAAUAAGAUCUUUCUAUGUCCCUGUGUACAUUAGAUCCUGUCUUUUAAUGAAGGGUCGGUUCUGUUUGUGACUCCUUUCAAUCUGACCGAGAUUAGAGCAGCAAUCCAGUUUCUCUGUUGCCGGCGGUAUGUUGUUUCGCCUUGUCUCUUUGUAAUCUCCAUUGAUCUGUAUGUUGUUUCUUUGUUAGCAUAAUGGAUUUGUCUUUUCAGAAGAAAGACAUAUCAGAGGAAAUUUUAGAUAUUUCUUUUGCCCUCUCUUUCUAGUUCCAUCUAUUUGAAUGAAUAAGCUGAAGGAUGCCGUAGUUUCAUGCACAGUGGACUUCUAGUUCCUUUCCGGGUAUCAGACGAAGGGCCUUUGCUA